AUGGAGAACGAAGCUUACGGUUUGACCGACUCCUUCGUGGCCAGACACACUACAGACCCUACCUUACGCUUGGAACUGCUUUCUCGUAAUCAAAAUGGCCUACGUCAUAACCAAGGAAUAGGGAUGGGGGCAGAGAUUGCCGGGUCAAACAACACUGCUACCGACUCGUCUGCAGCUGGUUCCCCUUCGGCCGAAGUCUUCCCAACGAACUCUCAAGCUUUAACUUUGUUUCCCUUCCCUCCACUUAACAUAAGACCUUGGAAUGUGGAGUCUUUAGAGUCCACAAACAACAGUCCUCUUGCUUUGGUGCAAGGAGUAGCCAGAGCAACGGUCCAAAUGAACAGGGGAAUGGGGGAAAGAGAACAGCGUGAACUGGAGCGGGAACAACUUCAAACGGACCAGGACAGGAGAGAAACACAGAUUAGAAUGAGAAGAAAAAGAGAAAUGAUAGAAAGAGAGAGAAGGGAAAUAAGGAGAUCUAGAGGACGGAGAGAAUGGCAAGAGGCAGUUCCUGGACCUUGGUGCUCAUGCCGCCUUGAUGAGUUUGUAGGAGACACCAUAUGCGGAAGAUGUGACAGACAGAGAUACUUAGAAAGAAACAGUGUUUUUACCAACGCAGUAGAAAAUUUUGAUCAACGUUCUGGUCAAUCUGGUGGCUCAGUGACGAACAGAAGCCAUAGCAGCUUUGUGCUUGAUGAAUUGGGACAACGCGUGGAUGGAGCGUGCGCCUUGUUGGAAAGAGUGUCAAGGGAGAGACAAAGUGAAGAGUUUGGUCGGGAAAUUGAGAGACAAGAGCAUGAAAUACGAACCGGAGCUGUUCUUUCGGAAAGAACACGGAAGAAGAGAGGAGGGGAGGCAAGACAGCUCCCGGAAGUUAGCAUGUGGCCUCAGCGGCCAUUUCCUGCACUUCUGUGUAACUUAAGCGAGCAGUGUGAGGAGAAUCUAAAAGGCGAGGGUUCUGGAAGACAGAGAAUUUUGAAGGAUAACCCUUUGCAUCACGACAUCUCCAAAUGUAAUGUUUGUCUGAACAAAUGGCUUCAAGGAAAACCCAAAUGCAUUCCACAGUCAGGACAAGAUGAAUGUUGCAUCUGUUUGGAGGACGCGCUCAGUGGUUAUCAGAUCCUGCCAUGCUCACACAAGGUUCACAGAGAGUGUGCUAUUGCAAUAAUACAGAAUGGCGUCCGCUACUGCCCCAUUUGCCAUCAUCCACUGUUUGGUCUGACGUAA